AUGAAGCAUAACAAGCCACAUUCAUUCGAGUCCAAUUCCACACUGAUCAAGUCUAUUUCCGCCGCCCAGCGUUUCGAUUCAAGAGAAAAUCCUACUGUCCAGCCUUCAGCAGGCAAGCACUUUACUGCUCACUUACCUAAAUUAGGUACUUUUCGUGUUAUUAUUUCCUCGGGGGCAUCAACCGGUACCAAGGAGGCUGUUGAGCUGCGAGAUGGCGAUGCCCAUGCUUACAGUGGCCGCGGGGUCCAGAAUGCUGUCUCAAAUGUUGAAACUAUCAUUGCACCGAGUUUGAUCGACAAUGGGCUUAGAGUGGAUACGGAUCAGAAACGAAUUGACCAGCAUUUAAACAUAUUAGACGGCACGAAGAACAAAGAGAGGCUUUGA